UAGGGUGACAGUAUGUAAAAAAAUAAAUAAAUAAUAAAAUAAAUAAUAAUAUAAAAAAAAAAAUUUUGGCCAAGAUUUAUGAUGAAAUAUUAUUUAUUUGCAAAAUUUUUUUUUUCAAAAUUUUUGGACAUUUUCAUUUACGUAGCAAAACAAAUAAAAAUCCCAGCGGUGAAUAAAUACCACCAAAAUAAAGUUUUAUCUGUCUCAAAAAAAUGGUAACAAAUUCAUAUGGGUACAGUGUUGCAUGACCACGCAAUUAUCAUUCAAAGUGUGAUAGCACUGAAAUCUGAAAAUUGCCCUGGUCAGGAAGGGGGUAAAAGUGUCCGGACUGGAAGUG